UUCGCCAAUAACCUUCUGCCAAAGCGGUAAGGGAUUUUGGAUAUAAAAAUAAGACCAAAUCUUGGCAAACCAGCAUUCUAAUGAUAGUUCAAAGGAUUACAGCCACUAAAGUAGUCAGUAACCUCCGAAAGUGCACCGAAAGAAUUUUUUUUACACUUGUGUCCAUUAUAUUCAAUACUACAACACACCCGUUCUAGCAAUACGGCCGUUCUAUCAGAAUAAAAAAAAAACCCUUCCCUUCCGUCUGGCAUAAAAUGUUAGUUAUAUUGCUUGGCUAGAGAUGCCCGGUCGUUGGCCAAGGCCGAACAAGACCAGUAACAAAAAACAAGUUAAGAAAUAAAAAAGCAUUUACGUAAGUUGCUGGACUUUAAACAUGACCAGCUCAACAAAACUAUUUGCACCCUUUCCCACCUCAUUUACCUUUGCUUCACAAUUUAGAAACAACGUUACCACAGUAGCAAUCGCUGCACGGCCCUAGCGAACCCUAGCAACGCGCGCGCCUAUCGUUGCUACCAAAACUAAACUGUGUUACGCUGCCGACAAACAUACACAACACUAAGCAGAUACAGCGCUCGCGUUCGCCCCUUACUUUUUAGGCCCUUUCCAUCGCUAAAUUAUCUAGUGGCAAAAUUGAUGUCUAAUCCACCGUCUAAAGUGAAACCACCUACGCUAGCGUCGAUGUUUACACUGUUCGCCAAGUAUCGGCCCACGUUGAACUCCUUCCAAGGCGAUGGAAAACGCAUCCUGCUGUCGCAAAGUGAUUGCUGGAUGCAACAGGCCAACCUCAUCGGACCGAAACAUUUCACGCUCACCCAGACCGGGUUAACGUUUUUUGAGUUUAGGAAGUCUACGCUGGAUUACGAAGAGUACCUCCAAUUUCUUGCGAUGCUAUGCAACGAGAAGCAGGUGGAUUUGGAAGAGGUGAAAGAGCAGCUCACCAACUGUGGCCCACCCGGCAUCAACUCAUGACAGUUUGCGACGCACACGCUGAUGUCCUACCUGGCCAGCAUACUUGAAGAUCACAGAGGCUCUCCGCGAGCGAGUCCUUGAGCAGGGGGAAGGUGUAGAGUUUUAGUGCUGACACACCUACCCACGACCCACCCGGGUCACCGUGUUUCGGGGUUGUAAUGUAAAGCAGCGAUAAGCCGAACCAAGAAUUACCGUAUCUAAAUUGCCUUUAUUUCUGCCUUCAUGCAUUCAUUAUACAGCAGAGCUCGCGCAGCCAGCAGGAGAGCUCGCCUCGUCAUCGCCUACUUAGUGAGAAAUGUGGAAAGCGUAUUUUAUAUAUCUGUAUCCGGUUUUUGUUUGGUGCAAAACCCAACCCGCUCGUUGUCUUCCCCAAAUACUAUCUCCAAAACUAAACACCAGAUGAAGAAUUUUUGGGGGCCAUUUUGCGAACACUCACAUACACCCCCAUUGGGUCCUUAUCCCAAAAUUCUUUCUAUUUUCUUCUGCGCAUCUUUAGUACAUCACCAGCAUAGGGUGGAAGGUUCCACAACUAAUAUCAUAAUACGAACAAGAGAGGGGAGCGAUAGCGUACAUUUCUCAAGAAGCUUAACAUUGGUUUGUUAUUGUUUGCUGUUGUUGGAAAACGUGGAUGUGUCGCGGGGGCACGAUUUACAGGCUCAAUACACGCAUGUAACUUAAUUAUGUUCAAUCUUUAGUAAAACAUUAGCUAAUAACCUCCUGUGUUUCUUGCUCCGUGUGUUGGUUUGCGCAUGUAUAUCUUGCCACUAUAAUUGGGCCGUUUGCAUUUAGCCAGUGGCACGUGAAGACACACAUCCCAGCACAACAAGGCCCGGCACGCCGCCUUUCCAAUGUAUUAUCGUAUGCUUAUGGCUACACUAGUAUUACACAUAUGGAGCAUCAGACGCACCACGAGACCACCGAUGCACACCGUGUGUAAAGUUAAUGUAUGAAUGUAUGUUUCAUAUGUAUAAUAUGGAUGAAUAAAUGUGUUUUUUCAUUAGCAAUUUUGGUACGCCACCUGUACGACACACCUUUCCCAACACCCUGCCGGCUAAGCUUCGUGAUCGUGUUUUCCAACCAUAUUCUGCCUCGAUCAUCACCGCUCGAACCUCGAUCGAUGCUCAAUAUUCCACCAUUACACUGUUUUCCAAGUCAUCCAACAAGCGCUCAUUGCUGCCAACAUGUGGACGCUUGUUUUAUGGUCCAGGACAGUGUGAUUAUUAUUCCUGCGUAAGUGAAUUCUUGUCCUGUUUCCGGCUAAACUGCUCGAUCGAGGCGCGCCUCCUUUCCUCGUGAGCCGCAAUCACACACACACACUCGCGCACUCACAUUCUAUACAAUAAUAUUAAAUCAUAAUACGUACAUACAUGUUAUAUGUGCUUGGCUAGGUGUGAUAAAACAAACAAACAAAAACUCAUGACAUUAUAAACGUUUAAAAGAA